UAUAUAUUAGAGAGCUGUGCAAUAGUGCUGUGAGAGUGUAUAAGCCUAGCAGCUGGGUAGUGUUAUGGUAGCUGCUUUCCUGUGCUAAGCUGAUUUACUUGUUUAAGGUCUGACCUCAUCAUCCUGUCAGUAUGGAUUCCCACCUAUACAGUUAGCAGCAGCUUAGCAGCAGCUUGAAGGGCUUGCUGUGUAUUAAUCAGGGGGGGAAAAAGGGCUACUAGUAUUUCUUCUUUUGUUGUCUUUUCUUAAGAAGAGGCAGAGAAAGACAAGGAGAUAACAAAGAAUACACUUCCUUUCUAAAGGAUAUCCCUUUGUCUUUUUUUCCUGCAACAAUGUCAGUCUCUGGAAAGAAGGAGUUUGAUGUGAAACAGAUCCUAAGGCUACGCUGGAGGUGGUUCACUCACCCCUCACAAGGCUCCACAGGCACCGGAGGCUGCCUUCAGCAGGAAGGAUAUGAACAUAGAGGAACACCGGUUCAGAACAGGUUGAAGAGUCACUCUCGGGAGAGAAAUGGGCUGAAGAAAAACAACAGUCCUGUUCACCACAAUAUACUGGCACCGGUACCAGGUCCAACCCCUGUACACCACCGAUCUAUUCAAACCUGGCAUCAGCAAAACCUAUUAGAACAACUACAGACUAAUGAGGAUAUCCACAAAGCAAGCACAGAAGAAAAUUUUAUCAAGGAGGAUUCAAGGAAAAACACACAGGAUUUGCAGAUGAUCACAGAGGAAAACACAGAUAAAUCCACUGAGAGAAUUUCAAUAACAAACUGUUCACCAACUGUAAUGAACACCGGUGGCUCAGAUGAAUACUUCCAAUCUACAAACCAUGCAGAACAGACAUUCCGCAAAAUGGAGAACUAUCUCCAGCAAAAACAGCUGUGCGAUGUUCUUCUCAUUGUUGGAGAACACAAGAUUCCAGCUCACAGGUUGGUUCUUAGUGCUGUAUCUGAUUAUUUUGCGGCAAUGUUUACUAAUGAUGUGAGAGAAGCAAAACAAGAAGAAAUCAAAAUGGAAGGGGUAGACCCAGAUGCACUAAAGUCUCUGGUGCACUAUGCUUAUACAGGUAUAUUAGAGUUAAAGGAAGACACUAUAGAAAGCUUGCUAGCUGCAGCUUGUCUUCUACAACUGUCACAAGUCAUUGAGGUGUGUUGCAACUUUCUUAUGAAGCAACUCCAUCCUUCAAACUGCUUAGGGAUUCGUUCAUUUGGAGAUGCUCAGGGUUGCACAGAACUCCUGAAGGUGGCACAUACUUAUACUAUGGAACACUUCACAGAAGUAAUAAAGAAUCAGGAAUUUCUUUUACUUCCUGGAAAUGAAAUUGCAAAGCUUUUAUCUAGCGAUGACAUCAAUGUUCCAGAUGAAGAAGCUAUAUUCCAGGCUUUGAUGAUGUGGGUGAGACAUGAUUUGCAGAAGAGGCAACGAGACCUAGGAAUGCUCCUUUCUUACAUUAGACUGCCACUGCUUCCACCACAGUUACUAGCAGAUCUAGAAAACAGUCCCAUGUUUGUGGAUGACCUUGAGUGUCAAAAACUUCUAAUGGAAGCUAUGAAGUAUCAUCUGCUACCAGAAAGGAGAUCCAUGAUGCAGAGUCCCCGAACUAAACCAAGGAAGUCUACAGUGGGUUCACUUUAUGCUGUGGGAGGCAUGGAUGCUACUAAAGGAACCACAACAAUUGAGAAAUAUGAUCUUAGGACAAACAGUUGGGAACAAAUUGGUACCAUGAAUGGUAGACGGCUACAGUUUGGAGUGGCAGUAAUUGACAACAAGCUCUACAUUGUGGGAGGACGAGAUGGUCUGAAAACCUCUAAUACAGUUGAAUGUUUCAACCCAAUUACUAAAGUUUGGACUAUAAUGCCUCCAAUGUCAACACACAGACAUGGCUUAGGUGUAGCAAUGCUUGAAGGACCAAUGUAUGCAGUUGGAGGCCAUGAUGGAUGGAGUUAUCUCAAUACAGUAGAAAGAUGGGAUCCACAGGCACGGCAGUGGAAUUAUGUUGCUAGCAUGUCAACUCCUAGAAGCACAGUAGGGGUUGCAGCAUUAAAUAGCAAGUUAUAUGCUGUUGGUGGACGGGAUGGCAGUUCCUGCUUAAAAUCCAUGGAAUGUUUUGAUCCUCACACUAACAAGUGGAGUAUGUGUGCUCCAAUGUCUAAGAGAAGAGGAGGUGUUGGUGUUGCAACAUACAAUGGAUUUUUAUAUGCAGUAGGAGGUCACGAUGCACCUGCUUCCAACCACUGUUCUCGACUUUCCGAUUGUGUGGAAAGAUAUGAUCCUAAAACAGAUGCCUGGACCACAGCAGCACCUUUAAGUGUACCAAGAGAUGCUGUUGGGAUAUGUCCUCUCGGGGACAAGCUAUAUGCAGUAGGGGGCUAUGAUGGCCAUACUUAUCUGGACACAGUGGAGUCAUAUGAUGCACAAAACAAUGAAUGGACAGAGGAAGUCCCUGUCAAUAUUGGAAGAGCUGGUGCCUGUGUUGUUGUAGUGAAGUUGCCAUGAUGGAUACUUCUGGUGAAAUAAAACUUGAGUACAGUUCUGUAAAACUGUGACAGGAGGAGAAGAAACAAGUUCCAGAAUGCAAUAAAAACUAUAUACAUUUCAGCAGUCCUCCACUGUAGAGAAGACUCAGAUCUAAGCCAUUAUAUGGUUUGAGCACAAAAAUUAACUUUCUCUGCUCUGCAAAGUCAGAGGUUUUUGAAAAAUAUGAAUCAGUAUUUUGUUACACAAUACACAUUCGUACAAUAAUAUCUUUAAAUAGUUUGUGUUCACUAUGAAAGUUAACUUGUUAUUUAUAAAAUGCAAUAGCAGCUAUGGUAAUCACUGAACACGUCUCAAUAUACAUUGUUUUCCUUUCAAUAUCAGAAGCAAUGGUGACAUUAAAAUAAUAAGCUUAUGUACUAUAAAGUAAAUGAAAAGCAAAUAAUACAACAUAUAAAAAUCUUUCUUCAACAGAUAACUGUGUAAAAGAAAGUAUCUUUAACAGCUAUUCACUGGCAACAGAGAAUCAGUAGCAGGAAAUUCAUAUCUAAAUUCACAAGUAAGAAUAAUUAGUAAAGUAUUUAAAUUUGUCAUAUAAACAAAUUCCGAGCAGCAUAGAAUUUGUUCUUUUUGCAAUUGCAUUCCCUCCUGCCCCCAAAUUUUAUCCUGAUCAUCUCUAUAGCAUUUGUAGGACUGGAAAUAUAUCCAUUUGAGAAACAUAGUAAAUUAAAUUCUGUGAGUCAAAUUUAAAAUAUAUGAGUCCAAACAGUAGCACUGCAACACUAUUGCUUAAUUUUUUUAGCAGAUACUAAAGGACAUCUCAUUUAUCAAAAGACAAAUAACAUUGCUACUCUAACUUUUAUUCACUAAAAAUUGAUGCUUUGACAAUGCAUUGAUAAGUGCUAUUAUUAUGCUGAUCACAGUGUGUCAGAUUACUCACUGAAUAAUAUUUGCCUACUAACCAUCUGUCAGAAUGUGUUAAACCAAUUUGGCAUUUCUUGCAAUAAUCACCAUGCAUUAGACUUUAUCACCAGUAAAAUGUUGGUAAAAUUACAUUCAUAACUUACAAAAUGGGAAAUGUAUAUCAUAUUGAUAUGACAAUCUAUGACCUCAGCUGAAGAGUGCCAGCUUCCUCCAAUGUACAGUAUAAAUAUUAGAGUCCAAAAACAUGUGUACUGUGUAGCAGUAUGUACCACUGAAAUAAGCAUGUUUACAUUUUAUCUAAAACUGUGUAGAAUGCUACAAAACAAGAUUAACGUCAGUGACAGAAUCACUUGAAAAACAGCACAUAAUUAGCAUGCAUGCCUUUUCUUCUGUUGUGUGCUAAUUUAAGGAUUUUGGUUUGUUUUUCUCAUUUUGAUCAUGUCAUGUACUGGAAUUAUAUAGUAGGAAAUGUAAUGUAUGUAAAAUGUUCUAUACUGUAAAACACGUUCUUUGGGUAGUGUCUAUUUUAGCUUUCAAAAUUCAUUUAUUUCACUAUGAAAAAAAUCAGAGUAAAGUAAUGAAAAUGCUCUAUGAACAAGUAAAAAUAACUUUUGUGAUAGAAUGUUACAUUUUCAGAAUUCUGCUAUAUGCUAUUUUAAAAGACUUUAUACUACAAAUUGUGUAGAAAACUUCUGAGAGAGAGAGAUCAUUGGGAUAUUUAUAAAACAAAGCAAAUAAAAGGCUUUUAAAUUUAAAAAAAUAAUUUACAAAUUAUGUUCAUAUUGUGGCAUGCUGGAUUUAAAUAAAUUUUACUUUCUCUCCUAAGAAAAUCACCAUGAAAUUCUGGGUUGCAUUUAACAAAGGAUAUGCUUUUUAAUUUUGUGUAUUUCAAACCAUAUUGGUUUACUUUAUAUCAAGUGUUGUUCAUCAUAUCAAGUUUGUCUUCCCUUUUUUGGUGAUGUGCUAUUACUAUAAAUGAUCAAGCGCUCAUUCAUAUAGCUAAGUAAUGACAUUUCUAAACGGGAGGGAAAAUUUUGCUUAACACUUAGUAUGUUAGACCAGCUAUGUGUUAAAUCCAUGCUGUCAUCCUACUGUAUUCUUGAGAUACUCUCUCACUCUAGUUUCUGCAUGAGGUUCAGAUAAUAAAUUAAGAUUAUCUUCUUGUUUAUACCCAA